AUGCUUGGCGGCCUGUUGAGUACGGUGCACCGCACAGUGCUACCGCCUACAUUCAGGUUCAAGCUGGAAUGUGAUGACUUGAAUAAGAAUCCGCUAGUAUCUCUCAUUCGUGAGCAUUGUCCAUCUAUUUCUGGUGCCAGGACAGCCAAACAGACUCGCUGGCUUCCGUCGGGACACUUGCAGACUUUGUACACGAGUGCAAGCAAUGCUAUGCAGGUGGAAGAUGUGGACUUUAAGCGCAAAGUUUUCUUGGCACCCGAUGGUGGCACCAUAUCAAUGGAUAUUGCUCCGAUUAGCAUGUCGAAACCAUCGGAGUCAGACACGACGCCUACCGUGGUUAUUCUCCAUGGACUCUCCGGUGGAUCAUCGGAGACGUAUGUGAUGAAUGCAGUUGUUCAGCUUACAAAGAGUCGCGAGGAGGGGGGCGAGGGUGUCCGAUGCGUGGUGGUCAACUUUCGUGGAUGUGCCAAAACCAUGCUGACAUCGGCGCAACUGUACUCGGCAUGCAAAGUGACAGAUCUAGAGUCAGCUUUGCUCCUACUUUCGCACAUGUUCCCUCGAUCCCCUAUGCUCGGUCUCGGAUACUCUUUGGGUGGUGCUGUUCUCGCUAGAUACAUGGGAAUAUCUGGCAAGGACACGCCAUUUAUCGGUGCUAUUACAGUCGGCGCGCCAUACUCCCUGGACAAGACGAACACCACAUUAGAGUCCUCUUAUCUGACGUUAGCUUAUGCACAUGUCUUAGGUGUGAGUCUGCGCGGUCUGCUUCAACAGCAUGUGGAUACUUUGGUGCUCUCACCUGCUCUAUGGGAACCUAUUGAGCUAAUUUUACGUACCAAGAUGGACCCAGAUGAGAGCAAGCCAGUGGCUAAGCCUACAUUUACGUCGCCUCAAUAUUGUACUGUUCGAUACGUGGAUCAUACUAUGACGCGCUUGAUUGGUGGCUAUCCCACACCUUAUGGCGAAUUUCCGUUUGCCUCAGCCAUGGACUAUUACAAGCGCAGUAGCCCCGUUGUUACUUUGGCCAAUGUUUCGAGGCCAUUGUUGGCAUUGUCCGCGGACGAUGAUCCCAUCGUUCCUUGGAGCACAUUGGAUGAUUUAAUGGACUGCAUCAAGACUAACCCAAAUGUCGUGCUAGCGCACACUCAAAGCGGUGGACAUUUGGGCUGGUUUGCCGGUCCAUUGGCACAACGCUGGAUUAAACAUCCUAUUGCUGAGUUUGUUCACGCCUUAGUUGAUGCCUAUGGUGCUAAGCCAGAGGAAAGUGUGUCGACCGGUCUAGGAUCAGGUGGCCCGCAAGUCAGUCCAUGGAAGACACGCUCCAUUGAUAAGCGGUCGGUCCAGGUAGAGGUAUUGGCUAAGGCACAUCUACCAUCCGUGUCAGGCGUUCGCACGGAUAAUGAGCAGGACGUGGCAUGGCUUCGUACACAAAUUCUGCCCCACAUCCCCCUAGUUCAUCCUAAGGAUUCGCCGGUCAGGACACACGAAAUCCCAACAGGUCGAAUGCUGUCGCUUACUCUUUACUGUGAUGCUCUACGCCCUGAAGUCGGUUUUAUCGAGCUGCCAGAAGACGUGCAUGCCAGUGGCAAUGGCUAUUUCGUGCACGCACAGCAGCUGGUACAAUCAUUGCCGGCGAGGAGUGAUACGUAG